AUGCUUCCCUGUUUGGAGCUUUGGUGUGGCCGUGUGGGGUAGGUCGGGCGUCAGAGUUGAUUCUUUUUACUUUGUUUUUGUUUAGUUAGUAACCGCAACGAUUUAUGCAAUUAAAUAAUGAUGAAUUGUUCAAUUGUUGUUGUGGAUAAAGCGUGUUUACGUUAUUUUUUAUAAAUGGCAUGUUUAUUGUGAUAAAUUUGUUAGAAUGAUAACGAGAACCCAGCAAAAACAAAGAAACCCUUUGGUUUUCUUAGAUAUUUUAAUCGAUGGCGAGAAAGCUGGUCGAAUAGUUAUAGAAUUGAGAAGUGAUGUUGUGCCUAAGACAGCAGAGAACUUUCGAGCUCUUUGUACCGGUGAAAAAGGGAUUGGAGUCUUUGGUAAACCUUUGCAUUUCAAAGGAGUUCGGUUUCACAAAGCAAUAUCCCAGUUUAUGGUCCAAGGAGGGGACAUAAUUAACGGUGAUGGGACCAGUGGAGAAAGCAUUUAUGGACCAACAUUUAAAGAUGAAAACUUCACACUUGAGCAUGAAGCAGGCGUGCUUAGUAUGGCAAACGCAGGGCCCAAUACAAACGGGUCGCAGUUUUGCGUGACCACAGUGCCAUGUCCUCAGCUAGAUGGAACGAACGUGGUGUUUGGAAGAGUCUUAGCCGGGUUAGGUAUCGUUGCGGAGAUACAGCGAAUGGCAGAUGAUGGGCGGCCGAGAGUGGUAAGCUGGGAAUGCAUAAUAGAAGACUGCGGUGAAAUCUCCGACCCAGAUAAUUGGGACGUGUGCUGUGACGAUGGUACCGCGGACCAUUUGCCAGAGUACCCGGAAGACUUGCAUAAAAAUCUCACGGUGGAACAGCUGUUGGUACAGGUGCGCGGCGUAAAGGAGAGCGGCAACGCGUUGUGGGGCGCGCGCCGCGUGCGUUCCGCGGCGCGCAAGUAUUGCAAGUGUGUGCGCUACCUCGAGCACGCGCGCGAGCGCCUGCGCGCCGGCAAGAAGGCGCGCGACUGCUAUUACGAAGAUAUAACAACAUGCACUCUACAAUGUAAUCUGAAUCUUGCCGCUUGCUAUUCGAAGUUAGAAGACUAUCGGGCCUGUAUCAAUUGUUGCUCUGAGGUGCUCCACCUGGACCCUCACAACGAAAAAGCGUUAUACCGUCGCGGUCAAGCCAACUUUGCCCUUAAGAACUACGAAAUGGCACUCGCCGAUUUAAAACACGCGGAAAAAAUAUCGCCCAAGAACAAAGCUGUCCAGAAGCUUCUAGAAGAUGUCAGACAGGAAAACAAAUCCUACAACGACCUACAAAAACAGCGGCUGUCAAAAUUUUUUCGUGACCAAAAAGAGAAAAGCACCUCAAUCGGACACCACUGAGAUAAGAUUGAAGGUUGUGAUAUACAAGGUUUUUUGAUAUAUUGUCAUUGUUGGUUGUUGUGGUGCGUGAUCGACGCGAUUGAAUUUUGAUAUUUGACGUGUGAAAUGUAUACGUAAAGUAUAUAAUAUGACUAUUCGUUCAUGUUUAGAAAGUAGUGCAAAGGUCGAGUAUCAAGACUAGUUGGUCCGUGAGUAGAGAAAAGUUGUUGUCACAGUAACUGUAUGAGGUUUUGGUUCGAUCAAAACGUAUUUAUAUGGGUCAUACAUAUUUUUGUUUGUGGUCUGGGCGUUUGUGUUUGUUUCUGUACUACUAAUCGUUGAGUUUUGAUGUUUGUUUUUAUUAUUUAAUUGGACGCAAAAAAAAAUCCUAUUAUUAUUUUAAUAUUAUAUUUCUAGACAGUGAUGUAAAUCC